CCAAAUAUAAUCAUAACCAUAUUAUAAAUGACCUAAUCAUUGUACAUUACACAUCUUUAGUUUUUUCUUGAAGCAAUUCCAGUAUAAGUUAUUUUGGCUUCCUCCUUCCACAUAUUAUUUGCAGGUUUGAGUAGAAUGAGAUCAUCAAAACCCCAAAGUGUUCAUUUCUUAACAUUUUGAAUACUGAAAUCACAUUUAAAACACUCCAUUCUUCUCACUGUUCUUCAAAUCCUAAACAUGAAACCUUCAUCACCAAUCUCCUUUACCUCUUCUUCCCUUGCUCCUUCACUUCCUAGAAAACACCGUCUCUCUCCUUACCUCUUCACACUCUUAAUCUUCAUCUUCUUCGUCUCUGUUCUCUAUGGAGAAGACUUCAUGUGCAUCUUUGGCCAGCUUGAGCCCACUUUUUCCCUACGGCCCUCUCAAGCAACUGAAAAGAAUAAGAAACCACAGAAGCUCGCGUUUGCUAUCGGUAAAACAGAGGAAAACUGUGACGUGUUUAGUGGCAAGUGGGUGAGAGACGAAGUCUCCCGACCACCGUAUCAAGAAUGGGAGUGUCCGUACAUUCAACCUCAGCUUACAUGUCAAGAACAUGGUCGUCCCGACAAAGACUACCAGCUCUGGCGGUGGCAACCCAACCACUGCGAUCUCCCCUCAUUCAACGCCACGCUAAUGCUAGAGACACUGAGAGGGAAGAGGAUGAUGUACGUAGGAGACUCACUAAACCGUGGAAUGUUUGUAUCGAUGAUUUGUCUUCUUCAUCGUAUCAUCCCUGAAGACCAGAAAUCCAUUAAAACUUUUGGUUCCCUCACUGUCUUCACUGCCAAGGAGUAUAACGCGACGAUUGAGUUCUACUGGGCACCGUUUCUUCUAGAGUCUAAUUCAGACGAUGCAAUAGUUCAUAGAAUAUCAGAUAGGGUUGUGAGGAAAGGCUCAAUUAACAAACAUGGUCGUCACUGGAAAGGCGCUGAUAUAAUCGUUUUCAACACUUAUCUUUGGUGGAUGACUGGCUUGAAGAUGAACAUCUUGCAAGGAUCGUUUGAUGAUAAGGAGAAGGUUAUCGCAGAGGUACCGACUGAAGAUGCGUACAGAAUGGGGAUGAAGAGUAUGUUGAGAUGGGUGAAGAACAAUAUGGAUCGUAAGAAAACUAGGGUUUUCUUCACAAGCAUGUCUCCAACUCAUGCCAAGGGCAUAGAUUGGGGAGGUGAGCCAGGUCAGAACUGCUACAAUCAGACAACACUUAUAGAAGAUCCAAACUACUGGGGAUCAGAUUGUCGGAAAAGCAUAAUGAAAGUGAUUGGAGAAGUGUUUGGGAGAUCGAAAACACCGAUAACGUUACUAAACAUAACGCAAAUGUCGAACUAUCGGAGAGAUGCGCACACAUCGAUAUACAAGAAGCAAUGGAGUCCACUGACGGCGGAGCAGCUAGAGAAUCCGACGAGCUAUGCGGAUUGUGUACAUUGGUGCUUGCCUGGCCUUCAAGAUACUUGGAAUGAGCUCCUCUUUGCUGAACUUUUCUAUCCUUGAAAAUGAAAACGUUUUCUCCACCGAGAGAAACGACAUCGUAUCUCCAUUGAGAGAAACGACACCGUUUUAUCCAUUCAGAGAAACGAUACCGUUUUGGAAUGAGCUCCUCUUGUUGUGGCCUCUGAGGUAUGAGGCCAAAACGAAGAAGUGGUCUUUAGUGUAAACUUUUGGUGUUCAUAGCAUUACACAUUUGAUUAUGAUAGUUAUAAUUAGCCCAUUA